UGUUGUCAUGCGUCAAGCCAACUACCGGGACAGUUCGCAGUGUUGUUUUCCCUCAUUCGCAUCGUUUUAUCCACUCGUUUAAAAUAUUAUUCAGUCCUGUGAAUUCCAGUGUGACUCGUGUCAUUAUAUUUUUCAUUUCUAACAUCAGUGAAAGAAAAAAUUAUCGUAAUUAAAAAGCCUAACGAUAUAACAAUCGAUUGAAGUUCCUAUGGUACGGCCGCCUGGCCAUUGAGUUGUAUCCGAGACAGGGGAUAAUAAAAAAAAAAAAAAAACCAAGUCAGAGUGAAAGUCGAUUUCGUGUUACCGUGGAGGUAUUAUACGUCAAGGAAUCGGCCUUCCACCUGUGUAUUCACUCGGUGAACCGUGACAACCGGGCCAAAGGUGGAAGUGUACUAGAGAGGAUUCAUCGGCUGAUAAAAGAUCUUUUUUGCAAUUGAUCUUGCAAAGGAAUAAUGGAGAUUAUGUUACGCUGAUUUGGCGAGAGGGGGGGUGGGGUGGGGGAGGUUGUAGCGGUCAGGCGGCCUUCACUUGCCUUCCGGUGUGAAGGGGGUUUUUUUUGCCUUCCAACUCCUGGUGGGUGAUUUGAGUCACAUUGGAGCAGAGGAAUCAUGAGUUUGCUAUCCUCAUCGAUCAUACGGAGGCUGCGCGAGGAGGAGGCCAAUCACAAUAUGCUGCAGGAUCUUCAAUUGGCAGCUGAACUUGGCAAAACUCUCCUAGAUCGCAACAAAGAGUUAGAGACCAAUUUGAAAACCCAUCAAGCGACCAUUGACGAACAGGCCCAAGAAAUUGAGUAUAUGAAAAAACAGACAGCAGCCCUCAGAGAAGUCAACGACUCUAGACUCAAAGUUUACGAACAACUGGAAGUCAGUAUUCAGGACUUGGAACGUGCCAAUCACAGACUCGUUGUUGAAAACACAGCUGACAAAAAAUUGAUCAAAAGUCAAUGUUUGACAAUCGAAAACCUCGAGGCGAAGAUUGACGAGUUACAGAAAAAAUUUGACGAUUUGAAACAUCAACAUGACAAUCUUAUGCGACAACAAAAUUCAAAUCAUCCUACUAAUACACAGUCAGCUACCUGGAAGGGCACGAUAUCGCAAGAUGGCGGCAUACAAAAGAGCGCCGUCAGAAGCCCAUCAAAGUCCUCUCCAGUACCGCUGAUAGAUGGUAUCCGUGCGACAACCAACACAUCAAACUGUGACGAUGAAGUUACUGAAUUACUGAGACAAUUGCAGGAGACACGUAAUCAGAGGGCGAGGGAACAGACGAGGGUCAAUGAGUUGCGUGAACAGCUUGAGAGUCUUUUGAAGGAGAACAAUUCACUCGAGGAGCAGCUUAAUGAAUGGAGAAAUAAGGCGCAAGAUAUGAAAAAUUUGCAGGAAGAAAUUAACACAUUGGAGGAAGUCAGACAUGGAAAAUUAUGCGGCCGUUGUCUUCGUGGUUGUGACAGACUCACACAUGAUGAACUAUCAGUAAUGCUCGACCAAGAGGAGGACGACGAUCUUAGCAUCGCCGAGUCAUCUCUUAACGACAGCCAUCGUGAAUCCGAUGUGGUUGUACAGGAUCCAGCCCCCACUAAUGGCCUCUCUCCGGAGAUGGGCGUGAAUCCGUACCGCGUCCUAGUGGAGAAAUACGAAGCACUGCUAGAGGUCCAACGUCAGCCAGCACGUCACAAGUCGACCCCUCCCUGCAUGUCCCUUCAAGAAGAAUUAGAAAUGUCCGGCGACUUCAAUAGUUUCCAAACCCAACCCUCCGAUGAUACCCCCGAGCUCCACGAUUCCUUAAAACAAAAUGGUACCACCUUCACCUCGCGUGACUGUCAAAACGGCAAGAAGCCAUUGUCCGCGACACCCACAGACUUCUCCGAGGCCGAAACAUCGUCGUCAGGUUUCUCCGACGAGACUAGUAACAAGGGUACACAGACAGAUGGUCGACCGGGCUCAUUCCUCUGCUCAAUAGCUGAUGAUGAUUGCAAAUUCAGUAUUUAUGAUGACACGAGCUCCUUCGAGAGUCGAUUUAACAAAGCUCCCGAGUAUCGGGAACUCUUCAGAGAGAUAUUUGGUGUUUUGAAGAGAGCGGCUGUGGCUAAAGACGAGGGUGAAAAGCUACCCUUACUCGACAAUACGACACAAUCAUUGGAGAACAGAACUCUGGAUGAUUCUUUGGAGAAUGACGAUACAAUGAGUAUCAUGUCAUCGGUCAUAUCAUCGGUCGUGUCUGAGCCUGUCAUCAGAAUUCAAACACCAACACCUGAGAAAGAGGAGCAGGCAAUGACGGGUGGUAGUACGGGACAGAGUGAAAAUCAUGUCGUCAGACAUCCUCACAAAAGACAUCAGCAGUAUGAUUAUCUGUCUGUUCAGGUGAGGAAGAAGAACACCGCGAAGAAAAGUGCCCAGAAAAAAUUGAACUUCAGUGACAGGUCAACCACGCCAGACAUCGUGCCAAGUCAAAAUCCAAAAUUCUUGCAGGCCAAGUCAAACAGCGGCGGUAGACGACAAAAAUUCCGACCGUUUACACAAGUUGAUCAAGAUGGUACUAUAUGGAAUGGUAACACAAUUCACGUAUUCUCGAGUAGAAUGAGAGAAUCACCAACGAGUCGUAGAAUAAAUGGGCACAAUCGCGACAAUGAACAGCACAAUUCCACAACAAUGGAGUAUAGUAGGGAAUAUAAACCAUCCUCAGCGUCUGAGGAAGUUGCUAGGCUCAGGAGACUCGAAAUGUCUUAUGCUGAGGCUCUGAGAAUGCCAAACAAACCAAAAGCCAAUCAUUUACGUAGACAUUAACCAAUUUCAAUGCAUUAAGAAAAUCCACAAAUACUGGCAGUAUAAAGUUUUUUAACAGUGACAACAAUUAUUCAACAAUUGAAAUCAGUUCAGAGAAAAUGUCACUUUUUUUUUUAUUAAACUUGGACCUUAGAAUUUUGCAAUAAGAGUUGGAAAAUUAGAUUGUAGUGACAUUUUUUCUGAGUAUAGUCGUCUACUGUGUGGAUUUAACUUAAAAACACUCGUAAUUUAAAUCGUAGAAUAAAUCUUAAAUUAUUGAUUCAGUAUUUGAGUCUCCCAAAAUCGAUUUCUUUGUAAAUAAUUUUGUUUAUUGCGGUUCAGUGAUUUUCUGUACUUGAUUUAUGUAUUAUUUUCUCCUACAAGUUUGACCCAACUAAUGUUUUCUAUAAUUUUUCUAUGUCCAAUUAACGCGACGUGACACUCGAAUGUCUUUUAUUCAUAAAAUUUCAUGGGAGAUUGAUUGGAUUAUGUGGGGGAAAAUCAUGUUGUUUUUGGGACUCAAGGAAAUAUUUAUGUGCCAUCUAAUAUAUUUUAAAAAGAGUUGAAAACACAAAACUGUCCAAUGACAAAAGCGAAAAUUCUUUUGAUAGAUUCAAAUGAUCGAGGGAAUUUACAUCAUGAGAAUAUUUUUUAGUGCACGUCGAUGAAAUUUCUCCUCCUGUAUUUAAGAUACCAAUUAGCUUUUGUAUUUUUCUUCAGAGUUAAAGGAAGGACUUACUACUUUGUGAUCAUUCUUGUACAAGUAAAUAAAAAAUUCUUUACCAUAAAAUUA